UUUUUCUUUCCCUUUUUUUCUGACUUCUGCCUCUCUUGCUGUUCAUCCAACCCCUCGUCUCCUACUUGGGGAAUGCAGUGAUGGCUUCAAAAGGCAAAGUUCGAGGUAUCAGUGGUCAGUAUCCUCUGGUUCAAAAUGUCACCGUGACGGAGGGCCUAAUGGCAAACCUGACCUGCCGCGUGGAGUAUAAUGACAACACCUCCCUCCAGUGGUCGAACCCAGCACAGCAGACCCUUUUUUUUGGGGACAAGAAAGCUUUAAGGGACAACCGGAUUGAGCUCGUGCGCGCCACAUCGUCAGAGUUGACCAUCAGCAUCAGCGACGUCACACUGGGUGAUGAGGGCCUGUACACCUGCUCUCUCUUCACCAUGCCGGUCAGAACAGCCAAAGCUUACCUCACUGUUUUAGGUGUGCCAGAAAAGCCGGAGAUCAACGGCCUGACAAAGCCAGCCAUGGAGGGGGACCACAUCACUCUGACCUGCAUCACUCAGGGAAGCAAGCCCGCUGCCGACCUCCGCUGGUUCAGGAAUGAGAAGGAAGUCAAAGGUGCCAAAGAGGUGAAUGCAAGUGGGAAGACGUUCACGGUGCGGAGUUCUCUACAGCUACACGUGGACAGAAAUGAUGACGGCGUGGCCUACACCUGCAGAGUAGACCAUGUUGCACUCGCACAGGCACCCCAGCAGGCCACUGAAGUACUGGAGGUCCACUAUGCUCCUCGUGUGGAAAUCAUUAAAUCAACUACUGUCCCUCAGGAGGGCCAAUACUUAAAGCUGGAGUGUUUCUCCAGAGGAAACCCAUCACCAGAUCCUGUGAUGUGGACGAAGGACGGUGGUGAUCUUCCUGACCUUGACAGGAUAAUUGUCCAGGGGAGGGAGCUCGCCUUUACUUCACUCAACAAGACAGACAAUGGGACCUACCGCUGUGAAGCCAGCAACCAUCUUGGGACCAGCAGUGCUGAAUAUGUACUCUACGUGUAUGACGCUCCCACCACCUUGCCUCCAUCCACCACACCCCCCCUACAUCCCAUCCCUCCAGAUCCUACUGUUCAGUUAAGCACCCACGCCUCAGACCCCACAGUCACUGGCAGCAGAGGUACAGUAACACCCCACAUAUCACCACUACCCCCUCG